GUACAAAUAUAUCAAGAUGUGUUUUUGUAUCAUCUUGAUUUUAUCUUAAAUGCAUUAGAUUUUUAUAUUUAUAUACAAAACGUAAUUGAUAUUAAGCUUUAAAUAAAAUAGCCAAAAUGAGUGGUAUUUUAAUAUUCGACGAAAUGAACGAUGUGUUAUUUUCAAAGUUCGAUGAGGACUUUGAAAAACAUCUACUAACAUUAGCUUUUGAUCGAGGAUACAUUGCACCAGAAAGUACAGAGAAUUUAAAUAAUGACAUACUUAUACAAAUAUUUAGUCCUAUUAUAACAAGCCAAAGAAUUAUGUCUACACAAUUUGGUAAUUCAUACAGAUGCAUUCAGUGUGAGGAUGGUUUAAAUAUUGCAUUUAGUGAGUAUUUAGGAUACUUAUUUUUCAUUGCUGGAAGAAAUAAGACUGAUUAUUUACAUAGAUUAUCAGGAGUUUGUGUAACGGCAGUGAAGCACUUGUGUGCAGGAGACCUAAGCUUAUUUAAGACCAAAGAAUAUUUUACUACAUUACUAACACAAAUAUUAGAAAAAUGGGUUUAUUUAUAUAACAAUGAACAAUCAUUUCUUACUGACUGUACAGAGCAACUACUAGUUAAUUCAGAUCUCAGUACAACUUCACAAAAAGCAUUAAAGGAAGCUGCCGAUAAUUUGACAAAAGCUGGACAUGCCUUGAUUUAUGUAGGAAAUAAGUUUUUAUCACUUUAUUCAAGUGUAAACUCGUAUCCCUUGACAUCAGAAGAUUUAUUAUUUUUGAACAUGUUUUGCCAAGUCGCUUCUUUUGGUUCAAAACUUAAAGAUAAGGAAAUCGAUGCAGAUGACGACCAAGAUUUUCAAACAGAAGUAUAUACAAAUACUUUAUUCUUAAAUGUUGGAAAUACCAAGCCAAGUUGUAUUCCACAUAUAAUCUAUACAAUACCUCUAUCAUCUACAAUAACAUUAGUAUUGAUAAGUGAACAUUAUCACUACAAUAUCGCGCCUAGUUUGCAUGAGUCAUUCCUUUCCUUGAAUUUAUUAAAACUUUGUUUACAACAAAGAGAAAUGGAUCUUCUGAAACCAGCCUUUGAAAAUUUAGACGCUUCUAUGAAACAUAUCACCGAUGGUUUAAAAAAGUGCAAAAUCAAAAACGCGCAUAUUGACAAUAUGCAUAGAAAUCUUCACAAUAAGUGGGAAGUAGUAAAAAAGAAAUACUCAGAUUUUUUCAAAACUGAUAAUAAUGACUACUUAGUUAGCGUUGAUUCUUUGAUGGGCGUAUUGUGGGAAGCAUUGAGAUAUUUAUUUCAUGCUGCAUGUUUUUCGGAAGAAGUAUCCAAUAAAGAGGAAACUAGAGCUAUUGAUGUAGCACGCAAAGUCAAGAGCAGAUUGUCUUCAUUUUCAGAUUUUUUGCAAGUAAAAGCCAUGAAGAAUUUUACACUUGGAUCAAGAUCUUCUUUGUCUAUUAACAAAUAUCUGGAGGAAUUUCCAGGCAUGGUGCAUUUCAUUUACAUUGAUCGAACACAGAAUCGUAUGACCGCUCCCACAUUAGAUUUUACUUCACAAGAAACGUUGUCUCUCACUAAGGAAAAGGUCUGGUCAAUGGUUGAGUUCUCAAAUUCAUAUCUAAGUAGAGGCCAUGCUUCGCUGAUAUGGAAAGAUUCUGUAUUUUGUUAUGGACGAUUUUUAUGGUUCUCAGAACGUUCUGGUACUCCAAUAGCACCACCGAAUGGUGGAAGCUUGCCAAACAAGCAUGAAAUGCUAACAACCUUACCUGAGCCGGGGCUAUUAUGCGGCGAUUUUUAUCAGAAGCUGACAGCAAGUGCGUUUCCCAAAACAUCUCCUUCAAAGAUUCUAUGUUAUGAAUUAUACAGCAUUCAUCUCGGCUUGACCACUACAAGCUGCGUCCUAGAGCAUGCCAGAAGAUUAGCGGCCACUAUUUGGGAAGUCACUGGUGCACCUCUGAACCCUUUGGACUUAUUUUAAGCCCCAGCAAUUAGAUGUGAUUUAUUUCAUUCUGAUGUGUCAAUGGUCCGGUUAUUCGAUUAGCGAAUGUUCUUAAUUUAAGAAGAUUUUUAUGCAAUAAUGUUUUUGCAUAUGUUUCGUUUGAACCAAAUACAUUGAGAAAUGCCGAAAUGAGAUUCAAAUUUGAUUGUAAAAGUAGUUGCAGCUUAGCUGUGUAGAUAAGAAUUUUCUGAUUUGAAGUCACUCAUUAGUGGCAGUGUCUAAUCAUGACCAUUUAUUUACUAGGAGAAGUAAAGGUUUAGUUAUCAAAGGUGAAACACUUCUGCUAACUUUUUAUUUAUUUAUAGUACUUUUCUUAUUUGGCUAAAUUACGUUUUCAUUUUGUAUGAAUAAAUUUAAUAACAACCCAAUUUCAUAAACCGAUAUUUUCAAGUAUCCUUUCUGCUAUUAUAUAUUUUAUUACAACAUUGGCUCGAUGAAAAACAUUAUCGGAGUAGUACAUCUCAAUGGUGCUCUACUACUAUCUUAUUAAUCGCCAAGCUUUUAUUUCAAAAUAUACCAAAAAAAAUUUAUUAGGA